GGGAUCCGGUGUCGGCUGCAGCUGGCAGUGCGGCGGGCGCGGGCGCCGGAGCGAGGGGCCCGCGGGCCCGGCUAUUAAUAACGCGGCCGCCAGCCCGGGGUCGCGCAGCCAUGGCCAGCCCGGAGCCCCGGCGCGGCGGGGACGGCGCCGCCCAGGCCGCGAGGAAAACAAGAGCAGAGGCCAAUUCUCCUCUUCCAGAGAACUCUGAAUCCCUAAAUGAGGCGGAAGCCUUGAACCCAGAAGUUACUCUAUCUUCAGAGGGGUCCUUAAACCUCGAAGACAUUCUCUACCUGGACGACACAGGUGACCUUGAUGAGACACUCUAUGUGCAAGAGACUGAGAAGGCAGAGGAGGCCCUGUAUAUUGAGGAGGCCGUGCAGCCAGAUGAGGCUCUGCGUGUGGAGGAGCCUGGGAAUCCAGAGGAGACAGUGUGUAUGGAGGAAACCAUGGAGCCAGAUCGGAUACAGUUUGUGGAGGGGCCCGGGGAGCCAGGAAAGCCCACAAGCCCACAGCAGGUUGUUACGACAGUCACAAGGGCGGAGGAAUCUAACCCCGAGGAGAGCCGCAGAGCCGAGCCGAGCCCCAGCAUGGAGGAGAACCUGAGCAUAGAGGACCUGGAAUUGCUAGAGGGGCGUUUCCAGCAGUGUGUCCAAGCUGUGGCCCAGCUGGAAGAGGAGAGGGAUCAGCUCAUCCAUGAGCUUGUAUUGCUCCGGGAACCAGCCCUACAGGAGGUACAGCAAGUCCAUCAAGACAUCCUGGCUGCCUACAAGCUCCAUGCCCAAGCAGAGCUGGAGAGAGAUGGCCUAAGGGAGGAGAUCCGGCUGGUCAAGCAGAAGCUUUUCAAAGUGACGAAGGAAUGUGUGGCCUUCCAAUACCAGCUGGAGUGCCGCCAGCAGGACGUGGCUCAGUUUGCCGAUUUCCGGGAAGUGCUGACUACGAGGGCAACCCAGCUCUCAGAGGAACUGGCCCAGCUCCGGGAUGCCUAUCAGAAGCAGAAGGAGCAGCUGCGGCAACAACUAGAAGCCCCUCCAAGCCAGAGGGAUGGGCACUUUCUCCAGGAAAGCCGGCGACUCUCUGCCCAGUUUGAGAAUCUCAUGGCAGAGAGCCGCCAGGACCUGGAGGAGGAGUACGAGCCUCAGCUCCUGCAGCUCUUAGAGAGGAAAGAAGCUGGGACCAAAGCUCUGCAGAAAACCCAGGCUGAGAUCCAGGAGAUGAAGGAGGCUCUGAGACCCCUGCAAGCAGAGGCCCGGCAGCUCCGCCUGCAAAACAGGAACCUGCAGGACCAGAUCGCACUUGUGAGGCAAAAACGAGAUGAAGAGGUGCAGCAGUACAGGGAACAGCUGGAGGAAAUGGAAGAACGCCAGAGGCAGUUGAGAAAUGGGGUGCAACUCCAGCAACAGAAGAACAAAGAGAUGGAGCAGCUAAGGCUCAGUCUGGCUGAAGAGCUCUCUACUUAUAAGGCUAUGCUACCCAAGAGCCUGGAACAGGCUGAUGCUCCCACUUCUCAGGCAGGUGGAAUGGAGACACAGUCUCAAGGGGCUGUUUAGAAAUAUAUGGCCAAAUCUGUAACCCAGAAACAGCAAAAACUUCUUAGCAAAGGAUCACUAAGUACCCUUUGGACGUACUCUUCCAAACAGACAAAAGCGCCAGAAACUUGGCAAGCAAUUCAUCCUGUGGAAGCUGCAAAUACUGGCUGACCUGCUUAAAAAGAUUCUAGAGUUGGCCGGAGGCAGAACAUGUCAACUCUUUGCUGGAUUCUAUUUCAUCUGCUGUUGAUACUGAUCUCAAUGCACCAAGGAAAGGAAAAAUGAGCCUCCUGUCUUCCAGCAGCAACCCUCACAUAUACCCUGAGUAAAGGAUGAAUGUAUGGACGCAUCUGGGAGUAUUUUAAAGAAUGUAUCUUGCCUUGUGUUGACCCAAACCAAAAACAUUUUUGAGGGGCACAUGUGGGGUCAAAAAAAUAGCCAAUUUCCAUUACAUGGGUUUACAAUUUCCAUUCUUUUGUGCCAUGAGUGUUAGAAUUUAAAUGAAUACUUUUACAAAGUUUACUUUUUGUUCAAGAAUAUGCUGACCCAUAUAGUUUAUUCUUAAAAUUGUAUCAAGGUAAUUCUCACUAUACUCUAAAACAACUAGACUUGAAAAGAAACCAAUCGAGAUUUGAAUCUAAUGGUUAACGCUAUUCAGAUUUUCCCAAGGAUUUCACCUCAUGAAAGUGGUUUUGGGUCAGAAUGAUCUACUCAGUUAAAAAACAAACAAACAAACAAAAACUAAGUGAUUGGGAAAAAACAGGCAUUUUAUCUGGUUAUUGCAUCUGGUGAUAGAGGCAUUCAAAGCCUAUUAUUUCUAACCUAAGUAAAGGCCCCAGUGAAAAACACUGGGGAGAUAAAACCUCUCUCUGAGAAAAGGUUCAAGGACCUUUUCCAAAUUUAAAUUUUGCCUUAAAUUCUCUCUACCACACUGCCUUUGACACUCGUGAAAGUCCAUGUAGUUCUCUAGAGAUAGACUUCAAAGAAACGUUACCUUAUCAAAGACUAAUCUGUGCCACCUCUGAUUCAAUGUUUUAUGUCUUUCACUUUCCCUGGGAAGGAGUAAAGCUCUUUUCUACAGCUCUGGGACUAUUAUAUUUAAUUCUGCUCUUGAUAGUCAAAGACCAUGGAAAACAACUGUCAUCUGAAGGACUCUUCUAGAAGCCAGAGACUGGUGUUUGAUGGAUGUUUUAUACUAAAUAAAACCCAUCAGCAUGGGGUUAUGUAGAAAAGCAAUUUAUUCCAUUUUAAGCACUUACACAGUUAGUCAUGGAGAGUAACAGGCCUGCUGGUGAAACAGGUCACCCAAAAUGGAGAUGGCAUCAAACUAGUGGUCAAGGACUAACUCCUAAAAAAAAAGCAACUCUUAUCAAGGAUUAAUUUAAUUUUUAAAACAAAUACAAGUUAUCGAUUCACUCUUCUCAACUUGACAGUCUACCUGUGGUAUAACUGUCAGGUAAAAACAUACAUCUUUACAACUUGGUGGUCCCAAGUUAAAAAAAAAAAAAAAACAACAACAACAACAACAAAAAAAGAA